CUGUCCUAGUUGUGCCUGUGCGAGUAUUAUCCUAAACUUGUCGCGGCAAAUACCACAUCUUAGUUUUCCACCAUUCUUCUUCCUUUGCACAGGGUUUAUCUCGGGUUUUCUUCCUCCAUUUUUCUCUUCUUUCUUCUCUUCAUCCUCCAUUUUCAAGUAUUAAUUAAUAUUUCAUGUAGUUUCCCAACUAGUAGAGAAUAUACAAAAAUGUCUUCAACUUCUUCAGCUUGUUUUUCACCUGUACCACAUAUCCAAAUCCAUAGACAAUGGAGAAACCCUUCUAAAGCACAUAAAAUUACUCAAAGAACACAUUUUUCUCUCUUUAUUCCAUUACCCAAUAAGCAUUUAACUAUUUCUUUUCCUUCAACUCUUUCAUUGCCUUCUUUAAACCCAGAAAUAUACAGGAACAGUUUUUACCAAAAUUGUUUACAAUCCCAGAUAAUAUUAGAGUCUCCUGAGGGAGAUUUAGUAGAAACAGUUGAUGGGCAGUUGAGAAAUUCUGAGAAAAUUAAGAAUGAAAUUCAGUUGAAUGAUAGAAUUUUUAUGCAAGAUCCUCCUUGGGUGAAUGCCCUUAUUAUGAAAGAUUUUUGUGAGAGUAGAAAUGGGUUGAAGUUAGAAUUUAAGGAAAUUGAGAGAGAAAAGUAUAAUUUGUUAAGGAGGAGACAGAUUAAAGCUGAGACUGAAGCUUGGGAGAAUAUGGUGGAAGAGUAUAGGGAGUUUGUAAAGGAAAUGAGAGAUAAGGAAUUGGCUCCUAAUUUGCCUCAAGUUAAGGCAUUGUUUUUGGGUUGGUUUGAGCCAUUAAAGAAAGCAAUUGAAAAAGAGCAGAAAUUGCAAAGGUCUAGGAAGCAAAAGGCUAUUUAUGCUUAUCAUAUAGAUAUGUUGCCUGCUGAUAAAAUGGCAGUUAUUGUUAUGCAUAAGAUGAUGGCAUUGUUGAUGGUUGGGAACGAGGCGGGUUGUGUUCGACUUGUUCAAGCAGCUCUUCAAAUUGGGGCUGCAAUUGAACAAGAGAUAAAAAUCCACAGUUUCUUGGAAAAAACCAAGAAUCUACGAAAAAAUGCAAGUGAUAUGCCAGAGAAUUUGUUAAAGGAAAAGGAGAUUCAGAGGAACCGCGUAAAAAGUUUAGUCAAAAGAAAAAGACUCUUUGAGGCAGCAAGGCUGGUGACAAAUGAAGAUAUGAAGGCAUGGAGUCAGGACACUCAAGCUAAGCUGGGUAGUCGGUUGAUAGAGUUGUUAAUAGAAACAGCUUAUGUUCAGCAUCCAACUAAUCGAUCAGCUGACAAUCCACCUGAUGUACGACCUGCGUUCAAGCAUAAAUUCAAAAAUUUGACCAAUGAGCUAGGACAGCAAAUGGUGAAAAGAUACGGAGUUAUAGAAUGUGACCCACUUGUCAUGAAAGGGAUUGAUAGAAGUGCUCGAUACAUGGUUAUUCCUUAUGUCCCAAUGUUGAUACCCCCGAAGAAUUGGAGAGGGUAUGACAAGGGUGGCUACUUGUUCCUACCUUCUUAUGUUAUGAGAACACAUGGAUCAAGGAAGCAACAGGAGGCGAUGAGGAAAACUCCACCACAACAGAUGCAGAGAGUGUUUGAGGCAUUAAAUACUCUUGGAAUCACAAAAUGGAGGAUCAACAGAAAAGUUCUUAGUGUAGUGGAAAGCCUGUGGGCUAGUGGUGGCAACAUUGCUGGUCUUGUAAAUUGUGAGGAUGUUCCCUUGCCUGAGAAGCCGGUGACAGAGGAUCCAACAGAACUUGAUACAUGGAAGUGGAGUGUGAGGAAAGCAAAGAAAAUCAAUAGAGAGAGACAUGCUUUACGAUGUGACAUUGAACUUAAACUUUCGGUCGCUCAGAAGAUGAGAGAUGAGGAAGGCUUCUAUUAUCCUCACAAUCUUGACUUCCGUGGUCGAGCUUAUCCCAUGCACCCACAUCUAAAUCAUCUAAGUUCUGAUCUUUGUCGAGGUGUGCUUGAGUUUGCUGAAGGACGUCCGUUGGGAGAAUCUGGAUUACGUUGGCUGAAGAUACACUUGGCAAAUGUAUAUGCUGGUGGUGUUGACAAACUUUCAUAUGAGGAACGUGUAGCUUUUGUGGAAAACCAUCUGGCUGAAAUAUUUGAUUCAGCUAAAGAUCCUAUACACGGAAAUCGAUGGUGGUUGACAGCAGAAGAUCCUUUUCAAUGCUUAGCUGCUUGUAUUGAUCUAUCAGGAGCCCUGAACAGUUCAUCUCCACAUACAUUUAUCUCUCAUCUUCCUAUACAUCAGGAUGGCUCUUGCAAUGGUCUACAGCAUUAUGCUGCUUUGGGAAGAGACAGUAAAGAAGCAGCGGCAGUAAACUUGGUGACUGGGGAGAAACCUGCUGAUGUGUACUCUGAAAUAGCUGCAAGGGUUCGUGAAAUUAUGGAAAAGGAUAGCAGAAAAGACCCCGAAAAAGACCCAAAUGCGGUGUUAGCUAAAGUCCUGGUUGAUCAGGUUGACCGCAAACUGGUGAAACAGACAGUAAUGACUUCUGUUUAUGGUGUUACAUUUGUUGGUGCAAGGGAGCAAAUAAAGAGGAGAUUAGAGGAGAAGGGUCUUAUCACUGAUGACAGGCUACUUUUUACUGCAGCUUGCUAUUCUGCUAAGGUAACCAUGUCCGCUCUUGGUCAAUUAUUUCAAGCUGCACGUAGUAUAAUGGAUUGGCUUGGUGACUGUGCUAAGGUUAUUGCUUCUGAAAAUCAACCUGUUCGUUGGAUCACUCCUCUUGGACUUCCAGUUAUACAACCGUACUGUAAAAGCAAACGACAUCUUAUAAAAACAUCUCUUCAGGUUUUAGCCUUGAAAAAGGAAGGUGACGGGAUCGAAGUUAAAAAACAACGAACUGCGUUUCCUCCAAAUUAUGUUCACUCACUUGAUGGCACUCAUAUGAUGAUGACUGCUGUGGCAUGCCGAGAUGCGGGAUUACAGUUUGCAGGAGUGCACGACUCGUUUUGGACACAUGCAUGUGAUGUGGAACAGAUGAAUCAAAUUCUUCGAGAAAAGUUCGUCGAGCUAUACGACAUGCCCAUUCUAGAAAAUUUACUUGAAAGCUUCCAGGCAUCAUAUCCAAAAUCGACCUUCCCACCACUACCAGAACGAGGGGACUUCAACUUGGAAGAAGUACUCGAUUCACCAUACUUCUUCAAUUGAACUACACACAUACCAACCCACACUCCGAAAAAGGAAAUACAGUACUCGAUGUUCAAAAUCGAGCUGACGGACAGAGCUAACCAGAAGUUUUUCACGAUUAUGCUUUUUGGCCUUAAGGGUAUAUGAAGUUCACAAAAUCCGGUGAACCCAAAACACAAUAUUCCCUCGACGGGACAAUGGCAUCUUAAACCAUCGCCUUUUACCGGCCUCGCUUUUACGAUAUUCCAUAUGGGUGUUCAUCUCUUUUUUGUGAUGUUGAAGCUGCUCGAAGAGGCCUCAUCAGCAGCCGGUGACACUGUUGUAACCAUUGUCCAUUUUUUGUGAGAAGAGCUUGUAGAUAGUUGUUAAAACAUAUAUUUUCUCAUUAUUGUAUGAAUAAAUAGGUAGAAAAAAUUUUGUACCAGGCAGCAAGACACCAAAGUAUUAAUAUUGUUUUGUAUAUUGUAUAAAACUUCAGCCAGUAUAUAAUGUAGAAUUCCUUUUUUCUUAA